AAUGUAAUCUUAGUAAGCAUGGAAUGGUUUGAAAUCCUGUAAAUUUAACUAUUCAGAAGUAAACCUGUAUUAAUUAUAUAGAAAAUUCAUAUAAAACCUUAAGAUUGUAUAACAGAUUUUGCAGGAGGAGAAAUUCAGCAACCAUUGGGAAGAGUACAUUUUGAUCCAAAAUAUGGAGAUCUUUAUACUUGGGUACCUCAUCUUAAGACAAGUAUACCAAGACCAGGUGAUGGUAAAUCAUAAGAAUUUCCUCCUGGUAUACGAUAGCAGUUAUCAUAUUAGGAAAAUAAUUUAUUGAACAUCAUCCUUAAGAAAAGAAACCUCGAGCAUAAAGACUUCAUCUCAAAGAAGGAUAAUCAGGACAUCUUGAAGAUGUUCCAUAUGGCAUUAAAACAUUUCCACCAAUUAAUUGCGAAAAAAGACAUGAGAUUGAAGAAAUGAUGGGUAAAAAGUAAAGAUUAGAAUAUCUUUAUUAAAUGAGAAAUGGGUAAUUUUGAAUAAAUAAAUUUAGUUUACCAGUUGCUGCCUUAGGAGAUAAAAUUUAUAAAAAUCCAGAAUAUGCAUCAGAUUUUUUUAAAGAAGGAGGCUUAAUUACAGGAUCUAGUAAUAUUUAAAGAAAAGUAAAUAUUAACUAAUUGCAUGAAAAAGAAAUGGAAAAAAAAAUAUAAUUAAUUUAAUCUAAGAUUAAAAAAGGAACACUUUGGAGUGAUAAAGUAAAAAUGGAUUAAGAUGCAGAAAAAAAAUAAGAUAUUGAUGUAAUACAAAUAUUUUAUUAAAAGGAUUUAGAUACAUGGAUUGAAACUACAUUAAAACCUUCAAAUCCUAAUUAUUAGGAUCCUGAUAAAUUUUUUGAGAAUUUAGAAAAACAAUAGGCAUAAGAUCCUAAAAAAGCAUAGGCAAAUUAAAAAAAAGCUGGAAAAAAAUGA